GAUUCACAGCCAUACAUACAUUCAUACAUUGACAUGGUCUUGCCUCGCAGUGAUUCUUGAAUUCAAUUCAAUUCAGCGUUGUGUUGCGUUGCGUUGUUACCAAGUAAAUUAAAGUAAACUAGUUUGAAGUUUCCAUUUAUUCAUCAAACGACAUGUCGUAUUCUGAACCGUAGAGACACACACACACUUGCCCCUUCAUCUUCAUCUUUUUUAUCUUCAUCUUACUCAGAGGCAGAGCUCCUCACAAAAUAAAAUGGGCACUGUGAUUGACUCUCAUUUCUUAGGCCUCACCGCCAUUGUCACUAUUGGGUACCAGUUCCUGUUUUUCAUCAUCACUGCACUCCUCAAAUUCGACAAGGUCACUGAUUUCGCCGGAAGUACCAAUUUCGUUAUAAUCGCUCUACUCACCCUGCUGCUCAAAGCCUCCUGGCAUUUUCGACAGAUUGUCCUCACUUUCUUUGUUGUCUUAUGGGGUCUCCGCCUCGGCCUUUUCCUCUUAUUCAGGAUUUUGCAGUGGGGAGAGGAUAGACGUUUUGAUGAAAUGCGCACUAAUUUCGGUAGAUUGGCAAUAUUUUGGAUAUUCCAGGCUGUCUGGGUGUGGGCUGUGAGUUUGCCUGUUACACUGGUUAAUGCAAGCGACAGAAAUCCUUUUCUACAGAUUGAGGAUAUAAUAGGCUGGAUUAUGUGGACUCUAGGCUUUAUUAUUGAAGGUACAGCAGAUCAACAAAAGCUGCGUUUCAAAAAGUCCCCAGAAACUAGAGGGAGGUGGUGCAAUAUUGGACUGUGGAAAUAUUCUCGUCAUCCUAACUAUUUUGGUGAGAUAUUGCUUUGGUGGGGGAUUUUUGUGGCAUCUUCACCUGUACUCAAGGGUGCUGAAUGGCUAGUAAUCAUUGGACCAAUCUUCCUCACAUUGUUGCUUCUUUUUGUCAGUGGCAUUCCGCUGCUUGAGGAAUCAGCAGAUAAGAAAUUUGGUAAUGUGGAUGGAUAUAGGAGAUACAAAGAAAGAACCAGCCCUUUAAUCCUGUUACCUCCACCGGUCUAUGGAAAGUUACCCGCAUGGUUCAAAACAAUUUUUCUCUUCGAAUUUCCAUUCUACAGUCGUAAUCUCCCACAACAAGAACCAAACUGGUGCAGAACAAGCAGUGGGCAAAGCAGUGAUGCUCACAAAAUUGGCUAGCUCUUGGAAUUUGUUGGAUUUCCCCCCUCCAGAAGUUGCAGUUUCCACGGUCGCCUGCCAUGUUUACAGAUAUUCUUUUAAGGCCUUGUUAUGAAUGUUAUUGUUUGGCUGUUAUCUUUUUUUGAGAUAUACAUACAAUAUGUUGUGCAAAUAUUCUCAUCUUCUUUCUUCUUUUACAAUUAUCAUUUUGGACCCGCAGCUUUCCAACAUUGAAAACAAAUAUUCUGUACUUUUUAGUUUUUGUAUUCUGUUAAAAAAAAUAGUUUUUGUA